AUGGGGAAAACCGAGCCGACGAGGAGGUCUCCGACCGGCGUCUUCUGCUGCUGCGCGCCGCUGCUGGUGCUGCUGUUGCCGCUGGGCCUCGUGCCUCUCCGCUCGCUCGCGGCGGAGCAGCGCGGCGCGUUCGCGCAGCGGCCGUGCGAGGAGGUGUACGUGGUCGGCGAGGGGGAGACCCUGCACACCAUCAGCGCCAGGUGCGGCGACCCCUUUAUCGUCGAGCGCAAUCCCCACAUCCACGACCCUGACGACGUCUUCCCCGGGCUCGUCAUCGAGAUCACUCCCUUCCGGCCUGGCCCGUAA